UCUGCUGUACACGUGCAGAUCGCAGUUGCGAGCCACUGGGACGUUCACCCGGGUGUUAGCAGGCGGCAAACUUGCUCCGCAAAGGAAGGUUCUUAGCCCAAAGUUUAUAGAGGUCUACUACAUGACAAAUCUCAAGAACUCACGGCUCCAAAUCAGCGGUAUUGUUACACGGAUAUACAAUCUUCACAAAGGGAUUUUCCCCGUGGGCAGUUAGUGCUACCUCUCGAAGACUUCAUCUUUUCCGUUCUGGGGACUCCUCGAAAAGAAGAGGCGCAAUGAUACCGAGAACGACGACGCUUUUGUUCGCGCUGCUUGGACUGGCCUGUGCACAGUAUGAAGAGUCAAUUGAGCAUCUCGUUCCUGAGCAGCCAGAGGUGAACCAAGACAUAAGAGAGAAAUCCGAAAUGUACCAGCAGAUGCUGUACGAGGUUCCUAAGCUGGAUGGUGGCCAGGCGAUGUUCCAGGGCGACAUGCUGAUGACCGAGCGGGACCUGUUGGACAUGUACGCCCUGGUGCCUUCGAGAAACAUAACGUGGCCCGGGGGAAUCGUUCCGUACAAAAUAAGCGAGAGCUCCGCUAAUGAAGCGGACCUCAUCCGGCAGGGUGUCGCACAUUGGAUGAACAACUCGUGCCUCAUGUUUCGCGAACUUGAGAAGGACGACACAACGACAGACUUCAUCCUUUUCAUCAGGGGAGCAGGCUGCUGGUCCCGGUUUGGGCACAUCGGCUCCCUUCAGCCCAUUUCCAUUGGUUAUAACUGUGAGACGCUGGGGACAGUGGUGCACGAGAUCGGGCAUGCCAUCGGGUUCGUGCACGAGCAGUCGCGCGCCGACCGCAACCGCUACGUGGUGGUCAACUACCCCAACAUUGUGGAAGGACGGCGUAGUCAGUUCGACCCGGACCAGACCAAGCGGGAGUACGGAGCACGAUACGACUACACCUCAGUCAUGCACUACUCGCCAACGGCGUUCGCAGCAUCGCCGGAAAUGAAAACCCUGAGUCCAGUGAACCCGCUGCUUGCGCCGCUGAUACGCAGGCAGAACGGACUGACGUUCCGCGACCGACGCAAGGCGAACUUCCUCUACCGGUGCGAUGCCGCAUGCACGAGCAGACCCGUGUGUGCCAACGAAGGGUUCGUCGAUCACACCUGCAAGUGCGUCUGCCCACCCAACACCGAGGGAGAGCGAUGCGAGAGGUUGCGUCGUUCUUACUACUCUCGACCCAACUGCGGUGGCCGUGUGAUUCGCGAGAAAACGAUUAGCUCUCCCGGUUACCCGAGAAGCCAGAGACCACAGGAUGGCGUCUGCGUAUGGUGGAUACAAGCUCCACCAAACAACAAGGUUCAACUGACGUUCCGGGCCUUCGACCUGUACAGCCGAGUCCGCAAGUUGUGCAUCUACGAUCGUUUCGAAAUCCGAUUGCAGUCACUCUACCUCGGACAAACGUUCUGCAGCGACGAAAUCAAGCCUGGCAACGUCGUCACUUCAGUGGGUCGGAACGUGGUCAUCGAGUACAGGCCAUACACCACAUUCAAGCGUGGUUUUUCGGCUGAAGUCAAGUUCGUUCCCGUUGAGACAAGACAGCAGUAACAAAUACCACCGCAAGAUGCGCAAAGUUCACGCUACUCACAAACCCGAGCCAAAACAGCCCUGGCGACGAGCAGAUUGACCUUAAAGUUCAAUUACGUCGGCGAAAACUGUAAUAGGAGAACAACUAGUUAUUUUCUGCUAGCAAUUAUUGGUGGCUCUUGUACACGAGAACCUGUGCAAGGUAGCUUUGUAGCUUUCGAUCAGUAGAUUUCACCCGGCUCAACACUUCUGAUUUCCCCGUAAAAGACGCACAGCUGUGCCCUCAUCGUUGCCCACCUUGGUGUUAACGUCAUCAGUGCAGACCUGGUCGUCAACGUUAACAUCCUAUUCAUAGAUUCACGUGAGAUCAUGCAGCAGAUAAACGGAUACUCCUUCCAAUUCCAUUGAUUUCUUUCAUCAUCAUUUAGUAGGGAUAAAUCCUUUAGAAAUGCUAGCCAUGCACAGAGCUUGAAACUAUGCUACAUUUUUCUCAAGGAUCCGCGCCACACCAUAUACGAAGGCAUUUUGUAUCCUACAGUAGGUCUAAAAUUGUUUUGCGUAAUAUCUCUACAUUACUUAUGAGAAAUACACCCCAUACGUACUACCUAAAACAAUGUCUGCGAAAUCCAAACGGUAGACAGUUUGCCCAAAAUGUGUGCAUUUCUUAGUUUUUCAAACAAUAACUUAAAAGGCGGUUGGGCAACAGGCAAUACUAACCUAAAAGCACGCCAUCGUCGUCAUAUACAGCCCCGCAUUUUUUCUUUUUCAAACACAAUGUUCCGGUAUAAAUAAACAGAAAAGUGCCAUCUGCUCGCCUACGUGGGACAAUGAGUUCUUUGAGUCAUCGGAGAGCCUUCAGGACACUUGAAGCGCGCAGCGAAAUCGGCGGUGUGCCUCAACGGAACGUUCACGCCACCUGACGUACCGAGGCCUCGCGGCAGCGUAACAACACACAUGGCACUCGCCCACUCCAGAUAAAAGAGCCGACCUUCGGAUAUGGGCGCGUUCGCUGCUAGAAGAACCUCUCGCUUCCACCUGAGUGGGUCCGCAGCUUCGACAACGGUUCCGAGCGCCGCUGCCCACUCGGCCAACCCGUCGUACUCGUCGGACGCGGCAUGGGGAAAAUAAGCGCGCCUGAAGCAUUCACGGAAUGCUGUGGUGGCGUUCUGUGCCGUCUCGUUGAAACGGGCAUCCAUUCGUUCAAAGAGCAUCGACCAAAGUUCUUUCGCCAUGCGAGCUGCCAAGACUGGCAAGUCCAUGACGUGCGAUUCGCGUUUCCAGAAGAUGAUGUCCGCGUAGGCUUCGGCGUACACGAAGAUCUUCGAACCGCUUCGUGUCACGUGGGGUGACGACACAGCACUCUGGGUCUCACGAAGCUUUCGCGCCGUGCGCAGCCGGGCUAUCUCGAAGUUGUAAGACCGUGCGUGAAGCAGGUUCCAGGAGAAAGAGAAAGUCAUUCUAGGCGGGGGCUGGUCGAUGACUCCAAGGACGUCGGGCAACUCUAGCGAGACAUCGUUCAGAAAGAUCGCCGCGGAGCUUGCGUCAUCUUUCGAGGUGAACGAAGGGUUGGAUAACGUUUGCGUCGUUAGUGUCUCCCUCACACGCGCAAACAGAUUCUGUAAGUACAUCUCAAUCACAGGGCUACUGACCACCUGCGCUCUGAAUGCUUCCUCCAGGAACGGGAUCUUCAGCAUAUUUGCGAAACACUCUCGCCUGUCUCUUAUUACGUCAUACAUCGUGUAACUUAGCAACUGACCGUAUAACUCAAUGACGGUGUGUUGGAUUACGAAAGCUCCACCCACAGAAGCGUCAGCCGCUAGACGCCCCAGCGCUUUGUCAAUAUCGUUCCCUUUCCGACGCUUUAACACUUGGACUCUGGGAAAGAUUGGUCGCAUAAGGUCAUCCAACACGGCAUUCCACCCAGCCGGAUCAACGCCCUUGAACGGCGCUACGUUCGUUAUGUUGACCCGUUCUAGGUCGGCUGGAUUUUCAUCGUCGGAAUACUGAGGUAGUGGCAGUUCGAUGUUCUGAAGUCUAGGCAGCGUCUCGUUGCUGUCGGAGCCAUUGUUUAGCGUUCUCACAACAGCGACUACGCAGAUGGUACAAAGGUCCAUUCUUUCCUGCACUGAGACACCUUGCCAUCUCACCGUGAGCUCGGAAACGUCACUCGCGGAACUUAGGUUACCUUUGGUAAAAGACAAAGCUGCUGGUGCGUUGAACCUGAAUUCCAUCAGGGCCAUAAACUGGAAGAUGCUCGUGAGGUUUUGAAGAGGCGUUCCGGAGCGAGAGAGGUUGGCGGCGGCAACGAUAGCCCUGGUGAACUCGGGCAGCGCUUGCUGGGGCCUCCAGUCUUGCGUGGCGCAGCUGCGCCCCAGAAGCCACAGUGUGAUGCCGAUGGACGUGUUGGCCAUGUCCGGUAGGUUUUCGACGAGAGCCCACUCUAUCUCGAGGCUUCGAAGACCGGGUGACUUCCGCGACGUAUCGCCAACAUGAGGGCCUUUCAAGCAUACGAAGUCGUAGAAGCUGCCGCAAGGAUCGACGCUGGUGUUGAGGUCGUCAAGCAGAAGCCUCGCCUCGUCGACGCAGCAGAAGUCGGACAUGCCGACAAGCUUCUCCCCUCGCCUUCUGAAGACCAGUUGCAGGACAACGAGAAUGACGAAGAGUAGGCCGAAUACCAGUACAGCCCCUAAGAUAAAGGUGUCGCUCCGCUUUUUCACGAAGUGCGUGCUUUUCUCGCUAAAGUUUUCCUGCGAGUUAGCCGGAAGAACGUUCAUGCCAGCUCGAUUUGCCUGCUGACAGUUGGUUGCGUGGGCAAACCCACUACAACUACGCAGAUGCAGAUACUUUAAUUGUUGGCUCUCAUUCGCUCUGGGAAACCUAUAGAGGGUCAGAUAACAAAAAUGAAAGCAUUCGUGUGUAGCAAAAAGUUACGAUUUACUAUAAACGGAAUGGUGUCCGAAUGGGAAAAAGACUGCGCCGUAUAAUUGCGCAAAAUCGUGAUAUUAGAGCAGUUAUUUUGUGCUUCAUGAAAAUACAUGCAAUUUUACUUCAUUCUUUUGUGAUGUUAAUAAGAAUUUUUAACUUUUGCUUU